AUGAUGAAGACAGAGAAAAAAUUCGGAACGAAGUUGUAUUCCCCGCGUUGGCUGUGGUGCGCGGUGCUUGUGGCUCAAAUAUUGGUCCUCCCAGCGGCAAAUGGGCAGGUCCAAGAAUGCCCUGCCUACCGAGAACCACAGGUUGUCAGCAAGAACUUUGACAAUGCCCUGUCCGUCCAAUACCUUGCUCCCAAUGGUUGUCCCUGUGUGAAUGGCAUGUCAGAUUUGCACUGUAGCUUCUGCGAGACAGAUGAGGGAUGUCAAACUGAAAACAGUAAACAUACAUGUCAAAAAGGAAUUGUGUUUGGUCCCAGAGAUACGUACAAGUCCUACAAGUGCCGACUGUUUUCGUUCCUUGAGUCUCUGCUUCCAAACGGAAAGCUGUCUGUUUACGUGGACAGAAUCAACAAGACUGCUCACAUGAGUAUUUUCAGUUCAAAUGCGACAGAACCAAUCAAUGGGGAGCAUCUUAUUAACUGCAAUGGCUCAGGGUGUAUUGCUGAGGAUGGUGGCACUGUCACCAGCUGUGAACUUGUUACAUGCAGUUGUACUGACAUAUGCGAUAAAAUGACAAGAACCCUGGCGGAAGAAGUCAUAUCUGGCAAUCCUGGUCGGUUCCAAGCCACAGACCGAGGUGAAGAAGAGUCUUAUAUUUCUGUGGAUAUUGAGGGAUCACCCUUUCUUCUUGAAGCAAUGUGCCAUGUCUCAACUUGCAGUGACAGUCCUCCCACUAUAGCUCCAACUCAAGCUCCUACAACGGAAGCUCCAACCGCACAACUCACUGAUGCUCCAACCAGACAUCCCACUAAUGCUCCAACCGCACAUCUCACUGAUGCUCCUAUUGCAGCACCUGCCAAGACUCAAGCUGCAUCUGACCUAACAGUGAUUUCGGAUGCAACAACAAACAAUGCUGAAUCUGUUGAGGCAUUGCAAUGCCCUGCUUAUAGACAACCAGAUGACCCCAACAAGGACUAUGAGCACGUCGAACAUGGCAAGUCAAUCCAGUAUCUGGCUCCCAAUGGCUGUUCCUGUGUAGAUGGCAUGUCAGAUUUGAACUGCGCUUUUUGUGAAACAGAUGAAGGAUGCCAAACAGAGCAUAGCCAGGAUGUGUGCCAAGAUGGGUUCGAGUUUGGUGACAGGGACACCUACAAAUCCUACAAGUGCACUGUAUCUGGUGUACUGGAGUCUUCAUUCCCCAAUGGAAAACUAUCUGCGUACGUUGACAAGCUCAACAAGACCGUUCAGAUGAGCAUUUACAAUUGGGACAUGGAAGAGUCAAUCAAUGGAGGGCAUGCCAUUGACUGUGUACUUUCAGACUGUGAUAUUCCUGUUGGUGCUACCAAUAUCAGUUGUGGACUUGCGAUUUGCAACUGUACUGAUCAAUGCAAUGGGCUUGCAAGAACCAUUGUACAUGGCACUCUGUCUGGCAAACCUGCGCAGGUCCUUGUUGCAGACGAGCAAGGUGGAAAGUCACAUAUAGCAUUGGCCAUGGAAGGAGCACCAUUUGACCUGGAAGCCAUGUGCACUGCUUCCGCUUGUGUCUCAGCUCCACCUGAGGCUCCUACCAGUAGCAUUGAUAAUGCGGAAGCAUCUUUGGGGUUGCCAGGAGCCUUUGCUUUGCAAAAGAAUAUCUAUGUGUUUGCUGCACUUUCAGUUCUCAUUACAGUUGGCGUCACAGUUGCAUAG